AUGGGUUGUACUGGAUCAAAAGGAAAAAAGAAAUUCAAAGAUACAUCAUCAAGAAAAUCUUCUAGUUCAUCAGUACCAUAUAAUAAAGAUAUUAGUGAAAACAAUUUAGAACUUUCUGAUAGUAUGCUGGAGAAUUUAUUAAGUAAAACAAAAUUUACUAGACAAGAAAUAAUUGAUUGGUGGCAAGGAUUUUUGGUUGAUUGUCCAUCGGGUUUAUUAGAUAAACAUAAAUUUGUUGAAGUUUAUCAAUAUCGAUAUCCAGCUGGAAAAGCAAAAGGAUUUUGUGAUCAUGUUUUUCGAACAUUUAAUCGGGAUAACAAAUCUCAUAGUAUUGAUUUUGAACAAUUCAUGUGUGCCAUUAAUGUAACAUUAAAUGGUACUUCGGAUGAAAAACUUGAAUGGGCAUUUGUAAUGUAUGAUAUAAAUGGUGAUAAACGUAUAUCAAAAAGUGAAAUGACAAAUGUACUUGAAUCAAUGUUUGAUUUAUUAGGAAAAGAUAAAAAAGGUUCAAACAAUCCACGAAAACAAGUCGAUCAAAUAUUUUCAAGACUUGAUACAAAUCAUGAUAAUUACAUUAACCGGGAAGAAUUUUUCUCAGGAUGUAAAACAGACGAAUGUAUUCGAGCAAUUCUUGCACCAUAUUAA